GGCACCCCUUUGGUAAACACACGACCCGACAUUUCUGCUAGCGUUUCAAUUUUGGCGAAAAAAUCUUGCAAACCGAAACAAGAGGAUUGGAACGAAUUGAAACGUGUGCUGAAGUAUUUGAAGGGAACUGCAAAUUUAAAAUUGGCAAUCAGCAAGCACAAUUUUAAUGGUCAAUCAUUGUAUGGUUUCUCGGACGCAAAUUGGGCAGAAGACAGAAAUGAUCGUAAGUCAAACAGCGGUCAUGUUUUUCUUGUAAACGGUGGCACCGAUUGUUGGUCAUCAAGAAAACAAUCAUUGACUGCAUUGUCAACAUGUGAGGCAGAAUUUGUUGCGUUGAGCGAAGCAUGUCGCGCAGCUUCAUGGAUUAGACGAGUUUUAAUCAGUUUGAAGCAGAACAUUCCAAACGAAACAACAAUUUACGAAGACAAUCAAAGUUGUUUGGAUCUCGUUGCUGAGGAACAGCGAUUAUCAGAUCAAUCAAAACACAUUGACACGCGAUUUCAUUUUGUCAAAGAUUACAUCAGCUAG